AUGAGGUCAACAAUGCUGCAAACUUUGUUGUUGUAUUGCAUAGUUUUUGAUGUAAUUUGUGUUUUAGGGGAUGUUGGGACGGCCAAGGCGUAUGAUCCUCCAUACUUGCCAACCAAAUGCAAUGGCUACAACGAGGAUCAGUUCCCUCCGGGUGGGCUCUUUGCUGCGGUGAGUGAUGGGUUAUGGGAUAAUGGAGCAUCAUGUGGUAGGAAGUACAGGAUCAGGUGCAUCAGCGGCCCAAAGCGGCCAUGCAAAGGUAGAUCCAUAGUUGUGGAGGUUGUUGAUCGUUGCACAGAAGAUCGUUGCCCCGUAACCAUGCAGCUGUCAAACAAAGCCUUCGACGCCAUCUCAAAAUUUGAUGCCAGAGUUAAUGUUGAAUAUGCACAGAUUUGAAGUAACUUUGCUAGAGUUUAAGAGCAUCUACCUUAGGAUCCCUUGCAGCCAUGAACACAAAAAAGUUGUAGAUUACCACUCUGUAUUACUAGAAUAAAGUGAACUAUCAGGUGUUGUUGGUUCUGUAUUUCAGAGCCAUUACCAAGAUUAAUAAGAA